UUAAAUUUUUUUAUAAUUUUUUUAUAUUUUAGAGUCUCUCAAACUGACCAACUUUUAUUUAAUUUUUAUUUUCUCUCCUCCCCCGCCACCUCCUAUUUUUUUUCUAAACGUGUAUUUUUGUGUGUGUUUGUUUUUGUAUUUUUCCAGAAAAAAAUUUUUUUCUUUCCCCUCCUCUUCUUUUAUUCCUUGGCCAUCUCCUACAGACCCUCCUCCAGACUUUUCUUUUCAACGAGAAUAUUUUGAUAAAUGACGAGGAUUUUUUGUUUGCCAAUUUUUAUUUGUCCCCUAUUCGCUUUGCAAAAUCAUCCUCCUCUUUCUCGGUUGCUCUUCCUCGCUUUCUUGCAGCCAGCUUUUAAACAAAAAAAAUUUUUUUUGUUCCUCCGUUCCUCAUUUUUUAACUUUAAAAGAACCUUUCUUCUUCUAUAUAAUUUUUCGUAAAAAAAUUAGCAAAAGAGAGCUUAUAUUUAUACAAAACUUCCUCCUUUGUGGACAUCCUUACUUGCUUU